ACCUCUGAAGUCCCUUCCAGCUCUAUUCUGAUUCUUAGACAUCUGAAAUUGGUUCAACAUCUCUUUGGCUUCCUCUGUUUUCAGGUCCUCCUCAUUUUGGUGGCCGUGCAGUCGUCCAUCUUCAGCAUCUUGGCCAACGGGGGUCAAAUUGCUUGCUCCCCACCCUUCUCCUCCAGAGCCCGAGGCCAGCAAAUGCACUGCCAGCUCUUGAUCCUGGAAACUUUUGUCCUCACGGUGCUGACCAGGAUGUAUUACCGGAAGCCGGACGACAAACCGGGAUGCUGCCUCCGCGAAUCUCCAGAGCACAUAGCCGAGAUCAAGCAAUAAGAAGGAGGGUCUGAGACCCAGCCCCCCCCACCUCCAACACAUAAAAACCCUGGGGCAAAACGGCCAAAUUCCACCGUAAAGGUAGUCCUCAACUUACGACGCCCAAAAUGUUACGUCGCUGGGACAUUUGUGAGGCAAGCUUUAUCCCCAUUUUACGGCCUUCUUUGCCGCAGGAGUUAAGCGAAUCUGAAAGGGGGAAUCAUGGAACCAUCAUAAACGUUGAGUCAGUUAGAAUUUUGCCCGGCAGAAACCUCGGUCACCUAGCUACUAUCUUUGAAAACAUUGAUGGAAUGAACUUUCAGUUUCCAAGCUGCCGCACUGCUCCCCCUCCUCCCUUUCUGAUGGCAACUCUAAAAAGACCAUGGGAAUAUUUGAUCAGUUGACAUUAGCAUCUGAAUGUAAGUCAUGUGACCCUGAGGAAUGCUGCAACGGUCGUAAGUGUGAAAAAAACGGUCGUAAGUCCCUUUCUCCAAUGCCGCUGUAACUUCGAAUGGCCACUAAGUGAACUGUUAUAAGUCCACAAAGAGGUUUGCUGCUGGCUGGUGGCAUGAGAGAGAGAAAAAAAUCAACCUUUGCGGAGCGACGUUUGGCCUAUCGCCACAGGCACGCCUAUUGUUAAAAGUGCGCAAAGCUCGCCAAAUAAAUCUUCGCGUUUUUCUUCUCAUCGGAACGAGGCUCUUAAGGUGCCAGCCUGGUGGUCUAACUUUUGUGCUUAGGAACUUGCUGUUUGGGUGGGACAAAUCCUUUUGAACUAAAACGAGAAACUGGGA